AACAUUAAGAGAAGAAUCAAACAUUCAAGUAUUGUCUAAUCAUGAAUGCUAAAAGGAGAAAUUAAAACAGAUUAUAUCGGCGGUUGAAUUGAGAAUUUUGGUUUCUUUAAAAACCCAGUUACAGUACAUGAAUCUGUUUUAUUUUAGUCUCAAGUGUGGGAUAAGAAGCUGCUUCACAGCAGGUGAUUACGAUUUGCCCCAAGCACAAGAAAGGCCAUGAGUUGUGCCAGCAGCAGUUUAAUUGUGGGAACUGUGGAGAGGGUAUGAACAGGAGAGCCCAAGAGAGCAUGUAGAGGCUGCUGCUCCCCCUGCUGCUGCUGAUUCCCGUUGGUGCAGUUUGUCAAGUGGUUGUGAGCAAACAGACUAGAAGAAGAGAAAUCCUGACAACAAAGCUGAACUUGCCUCAAAGAACUCAAGGCCCCUAAUCAGCAGAAAGUAGUCUAAAGAGGUCUAUAUUCCUUUUCCCUUCUAACUUCUUUCUCUCCUACCUAGUAUUGCAGGAUUGGAAGGGAUUAGAGUGGAAUUAAGUGGAGGUAGAGGUAUAAGAACCCAAUAAAGUAGAGUGAAAAAGCAUGCCAACAAGGCCGUGUUUCAAAUAAGAAUGACAUUUCUGAAAACCUUAAUUUUCAUUAAAGUAAGCAAUAUGUAGAACAUGUAUAAUUCAUUAUAGAGCCAUUAUAAAGCAAUCACUAAGUGGAAAAAAUUUUAAAGUCUCAAUCUGAUUUCUAUUUAAACAAUGUUUUCUUCUAUGAGUUUAGUGAUAAAUAUUAGUUUAAGGUAUUUAUAUUCAUAUUAAUCAUGGGGUCUUUAAAAAGAGUAAAGACAGUUUUCAAAUAUACACAAAUGGAGCUAGAGAGAUGGCUCAACAGUCAAGAGCACUGGCUGAUCCUCCAGCAGACUCAGGACCCACAUGGCAGCUCUGUAACUCCAGUCUCAGGAUAUACAAUAGCCUCUUCUGACCCCUAUGGAUACCGGAUAUACAUAUGGUAGACAGAAAUACAUUUAGUGGAAAAUACCUAUACAUAUAAUUGAGAGAAUGCACGUAUACACAUGAAUAAGCAUGAGAUGAUGCCUAUGGAAGCAUAUCUGAACCAACUGAGAGUCAUUUCUGAGAACUGAGAACAGGACAUUCAAGGCAACCCACUACAAUCUUAAUUUAGGAACAGACAUAGCAAUUUUACAUAAUUUAAACUAACAAUCCUUCUCUUUUAAUGAGGUAAUUUCAAAACAGUAGUGGAAUUCCAAAAAAUUAUCUGAAAACACCAAAAAAACUUUUAAUACAAGGCAAAAAGGGAAAAGAGUGCAUGUGUCAAUUUAUAGUCAUUUAUAUUAUUGGCAAAAAGUUAAAACAUGGAACUAGACAUAAGAGACAUGCACAUGGCUUCUUGCUGAGCGCCGCCAACAUGGUGUUCAGGCGUUUCGUGGAGGUUGGCCGAGUGGCCUACAUCUCCUUUGGGUCCCAUGCUGGAAAGCUGGUCUCAUUUGUAGAUGUUAUUGAUCAAAACAGGGCUUUAGUGGAUGGACCCUGCACUCGGGUAAGGAGGCAGGCCAUGCCUUUCAAAUGCAUGCAGCUCACUGACUUCAGACUCAGGUUCACAUGCAGUGCAUGCCAGAAGUAUGUACGGAAAGCUUGGGAGAAGGCAGACAUCAAUACAAAAUCGGCCGCCACACGAUGGGCUAAGAUAAUUGAUGCCAGAGAAAGGAAAGCCAAGAUGACAGAUUUUGAUCGGUUCAAAGUCAUAAAGGCAAAGAAAAUGAGGAACAGAAUAAUCAAGACUGAAGUGAAGAAACUCCAGAGAGCUGCUCUCCUGAAAGCUUCUCCUAAAAAAGCCGCUGUUGCUAAGGCUGCCAUCGCAGCUGCAGCAGCGACUAAAGCCAAGGUCCCAGCCAAGAAGGCAACAGGACCAGGCCAGAAGGCUCCUGCACAGAAGGCUGCAGGCAAGGCAGCGCCCCCUGCUAAAGGUCAGAAGGGUCAGAAGACCCCAGCCCAGAAGGCACCUGCUCCAAAGGCAACUGGCAAGAAAGCAUGAGGAGACUACACAAAGAAUAAAAAAAAAGAGACAUGCACAUGAGUAUAUUUGUAAACAACUGCUAUUUGAAGGUUGUAAAAUUAUAAAUUUUUAACAUUCUACUUCUUGCAAAGCUAACAGACUUAUAUCAAUUAAUUUUUUCUAUUAUAAGAAUUAAUUUAUUAAUUUAUGCACAUGCUUGAAUAUGUUGGUGGAUUUUCAAGAUAAGGUUUCUUUGUCUAUCUUUAGCUGUCUCAGAAAAAGGUCUGUAGACCAGGCUGGCCUUGAACUCAGAGAUACCGCCUGCCUCUGCCUACUGAGUACUGGGAAUAAAGGCAUGCAAUUAUUUCAUGUCCAUGAAAUACUGAAAGACACUGGAGACUGGAGAGAGAGCUCAGCAUGUAAAGUCACCUGUUCCCUCCCAAACCUGAUAAGCAUUGUUUGAUCCCUAAGACAGGGCAGAAGAACAGAACAGUCCCAUACAUGUAGUGUCAACUCUGCAAUUUUGGUUUCUUUUUAAAAAGAAAAAGAAAAAAAAAGAAAUAUUUUAAGAAUAUAUUUCCGGGGUUGGGGAUUUAGCUCAGCGGUAGAGCACUUGCCUAGCGAGCACAAGGCCCUGGGUUCGGUCCCCAGCUCCGGAAAAAAAAAAAAAGAAUAUA